AGGAAAAAGAAUGAUUUGAAGCAAAAUGAAACAAAGCUGCACUUCCAUUGUCCUUCAGGCAGCAUCAGUGGGCCUUUCUAAGGAGGACUAGUUUAUGGCCAUGCACGUUUCAAAUUGUCAGUGUAAAUCCUUGGUUAUUAAGAGCAUGUUCUUUCUUUUCUUAAAAGCUAGCAGCUGGUUGGGGGAAGGAGCAGAAUCAUAAAGUCUUAACCUGGCGAGCCAAAAACCAAAUAAGGAACAGCCCGAUGCUACAAGUGGAAAUAAAUGGGACUUGUGUUGGCAGAGCAUUUGGAGAAUCUUGAGCCUCAGCCUUCAAAGAUUCUUUUUCUUUUUCUUUUGCAUUAUGAUGGAAACUAUCUGUUAGGAACUGGGAAUUGAACUGGAGGCCCUUCCCUGGGCUGGAAUUGGAGAAGGGCCAGCUGUCUCAGCAGCAACUUAUUGGACUGUAAAGAGACGAGAAAGAAACUGCACUGCAGUAAACAACUUCAGGUUCACCCAAAGUGCUUUUUCCUUCAGAAGGGGGUAAGGACUCUUCCUGACAUGGCCCAGCUGUUGCGGCUGCACUUUGGAGCAUGCCUGUGGGCAGCUCUGAUGCUCUGUGUGUUUGCUGGAUCCCGGAGACAGACAGAUGAACAAAUUGACCUCCAGGAUGCUGCAGAUACAAAUGGGAUUGAGAAUGCUGGCAUCAUACUAGAGUUACUUUGGAGAGGAAUUGAAAUUAUGGCCAACGAGACAAUCAAGAUUGAGGAUGAGGAGUUUGCCUCUCUUCGUCCCACCAAGCGAUUACUCCGGGUCUUUCAGCAUGAGAUUCCAAAAAACCCAGACAGCAUUGAAGAGUACCUGGACUUCCUCUCACAGUCUGACACCCCUAUAACUCCACAGGAAUUCAAGAAACUCAUCAUUACCACUGUCUACUGUGCUUACCAAAUUCGCUCCAUUCAAGGCCUGGAGAAAAACCUCUGGAUCAACCUUUUCUCUCAGCUGGUUAUUGAAAUACUCCGUGAUCUCUGCAAACGAUUCUGUUCUAAGGAAUCUAUGGAUUCUGUUCAGCUUCUGGCCUCUAGGCCUUGGCAGGAAAUGCCUGUCUAUAUUUCUGCACUGAAGAAAUUCUAUCAGUCUAGCCUAGCCAGGACCCAAAGAGACUCUCAUCCAUAAAGGGGAAAUCUUGGUCCCUAUAAGCAAAUUAAUAUGCAAAUAUAUAUUUUUAGGUUCAUUCUCCAGGAAUGUGCACAGAAGUGUCACCCUUCCUGUUUUCUUAUCUCUAGUGUAGCUGCUGCUUAGCUUUUCACUGGAUUUCUAUGAUUAGCAUGUUGCGCCCAGGCUCUCUAUAGGACGUGCAGUUCAGAUGGCACUUUGCUGUUGAUUGGAAUUGGGUUAAUGAGGAACAUGGAGUUACAUGUCCCUGCUCAGUG